GCAUUGCGGAAGUGUUCCGAUGUUUUAUUUGUAUGGAGAAAUUGCGCGAUGCACGCCUGUGUCCUCAUUGCUCCAAGCUGUGCUGUUUCAGUUGUAUUCGGCGUUGGCUGACUGAACAAAGAGCGCAGUGCCCUCAUUGUAGAGCCCCGCUGCAGCUACGAGAGCUCGUAAACUGUCGUUGGGCAGAAGAGGUCACACAACAGCUUGAUACGCUUCAACUGUGCAAUCUCACAAAACAUGAAGAAAAUGAAAAAGACAAGUGUGAAAAUCAUCAUGAAAAGCUUAGUGUUUUCUGCUGGACCUGUAAGAAGUGUAUCUGCCACCAGUGUGCGCUUUGGGGAGGAAUGCAUGGAGGACAUACAUUUAAGCCACUGGCAGAAAUCUAUGAACAACACGUCACAAAAGUAAAUGAAGAAGUGGCAAAGCUUAGGAGAAGACUCAUGGAAUUGAUCAGUUUGGUGCAAGAAGUGGAGAGGAAUGUGGAGGCAGUGCGUAGUGCGAAGGAUGAACGAGUUCGGGAAAUCAGGAAUGCAGUGGAGAUGAUGAUUGCCCGGUUAGACACUCAGCUGAAGAAUAAGCUUAUAACAUUAAUGGGUCAAAAGACAUCGCUUACUCAAGAAACUGAACUUCUGGAAUCCCUGCUUCAAGAAGUAGAACAUCAGUUGCGAUCAUGCAGCAAGAGUGAGUUGAUAUCCAAAAGUUCAGAGAUCCUGAUGAUGUUCCAGCAGGUUCAUCGGAAGCCUAUGGCCUCAUUUGUCACUACUCCUGUCCCCCCAGACUUCACAAGUGAAUUGGUUCCAGCCUAUGACUCAACUACGUUUAUCUUGGAAAACUUCAGUACGUUGCGUCAGCGAGCAGAUCCUGUUUACAGUCCGCCUCUUCAAGUGUCAGGACUUUGCUGGAGGUUAAAAGUUUAUCCAGAUGGAAAUGGGGUAGUACGGGGCUACUACUUGUCUGUGUUCUUGGAGCUGUCAGCUGGAUUGCCGGAGACAUCCAAGUAUGAGUACCGUGUAGAAAUGGUUCACCAGUCCACCAACGAUCCCACUAAAAACAUAAUUCGGGAGUUUGCCUCAGAUUUUGAAGUUGGAGAAUGCUGGGGGUACAACAGAUUCUUUCGUUUAGACUUGCUAGCCAACGAAGGCUAUUUAAACAGGCAGAAUGACACGGUGAUCCUAAGGUUCCAAGUGCGCUCACCAACCUUCUUCCAAAAGUGCCGAGAUCAACACUGGUACAUUGCUCAAUUGGAAGCAGCUCAGACAAGUUAUAUCCAACAAAUAAAUAACCUUAAAGAAAGGCUUGCGAUUGAACUUUCCCGGACUCAGAAAUCACGAGGCAUUUCACCUCCAGACAGUCAUCUUAGUCCCCAGAAUGAUGAUGGUUCAGAAACGAGAUCAAAGAAAUCUGGACAAAGCACUGAAGUACUACUUGAGAACGUUGCUGCUCCAGGAUUAGUGCGAGAUAGCAAGGAAGAGGAGGAAGAGAAGAUCCAGCAUGAAGAAUUUAAUCACGAGCUCUCUGAUGGUGACUUGGAUAUAGAUCUUGCUGGAGAAGACGAAGUGAACCACCUUGAUGGUAGCAGCUCUUCAGCUAGUUCGACAGCAACCAGUAACACUGAAGAAAAUGAUAUUGAUGAAGAAACUAUGUCUGGAGAAAAUGACGUGGAAUAUAGCAGUAAUAUGGAGUUGGAAGAAGGAGAUCUCAUGGAGGAUGCAGCAGCUGCUGCUACUCCUGGAGCAUCAGGUUCCAGCCAUGGCUAUACCAGUGCAAGUGGAAGAUCUUCAAGGCGGGGAGGAAGUGCCCUAGGCUCAACAGCCAGUAGCAGUUUACUAGAUAUAGAUCCCUUAAUUUUAAUCCACUUGUUGGAUCUAAAAGACAGAAAUGGUAUGGAAAACCUUUGGGGCCUUCAGCCACGUCCACCUGCCUCUCUUCUGCAGAACAGAGCAUCGUCCUAUUCUCUAAAAGAUCGAGAUCAGCGGAGACACCAGGCAAUGUGGCGUGUGCCACCUGACUUGAAGAUGCUGAAAAGACUGAAAACUCAGAUGGCUGAAGUUCGAAGCAAAAUGUCUGAUGUAAAAAACCAACUGUCAGAAGUGAGAAGCAGCAAUGCUGGCUCAUGUGAUGGACAGCCCAGCUUUUUCUCCAUUGAGCAAGGAGCUUUAGCUGCCUGUGGAACAGAAAGCUGCAGCAAGCUGCAAGAAAUAGGAAUGGAACUACUGACAAAGUCUUCAGUUACCAGUUGUUACAUAAGGAAUUCUGCAAGUAAGAAAAGUAAUUCACCCAAACCUAUUCGCUCUGGAGCAGCAGGUAGCCUGUCUUUACGAAGAGCUAUGGACUGUGGGGAUAGUAAUCUUCGUUUAAAGGGAGACAGUCAAACUUCUGAAGGUGGCAUGGGGAGCUCGAAGUUGAGCAGUCGGCAUCACUCCCCCAGGCCCCUCACCAACAGCAACGCUUCUGAGGCGCUGCCGAAGCCAGAGGAAAGACCUUGCGAAGGUUCAGAUUCCGAUGUGGGAGUUUCUGGCUUAAAUGGCUUAGCUGCUGUAGAGAAGACCAGAAAAGUUGGUGCUCUAGGGUCAAAUUCCAAAGGCUGUCGUACAGAAGGAACACAGGCAGGUGGUCUGGAAAACACCUCGGAAACUGGUGAACUGCAGGCUAUGCUUUCUGAGGGUGCUUCUGCAGGGACAGAAGAAGCCGGGGUAUGUCAGAAGCAUGUCCUUCAUCUCCUACCAGGAAUGAGCAGUGACAGUGACAUUGAAUGUGACACAGAAAACGAAGAGCAGGAGGAUGCCGCCUCUGCCUCGGAGGGGUUUAACCAUGCCUUCUCUGUCCAGUCCUCGAGUGAAGCCUCAGAGCGAUGCUCGAUGUUCCCGGAGGGCGAUCAGGUUGGUCCUGAUGAUCUCAGCUUUGUUACUGGAGAAGACAGCACCAGAACAUUGCCAGGGUCGGGAGGAUCUAGUGAGGAGAUAGUGCACCUGAACUACAGCAGCCACGUCUACCAGCACAGACCUCGCUACGCCUCGUCUUAUCUGCCCGUAGGACAAGGCGUUUCUCACCGACACAGUGUUCCACAAACAGAGCGGAGUUUCUUUGAGGAGGCACCACUAGAAACGUGGCGUAAGUUAAAGUCUGCUUUGACAUUGUCCUUCAGUGUUACAAUGCAAUCUAAAUCAAAUACCGAAUGGUUUUAACUUGCAAGGACAAUUGAUGGCACUUCUAGGUAAAGAAAAGUUAUUUACAUGCGUUUCCACCCACCUUUAGUGCAAAUCGAAAGGGGUUAACAGCUCCCUGGUCUGGUGCUAGACUGCUCUCUGCAACGCAGACAUUCCUCAGAGUUGCGCGUUUAAAAAGCGUACACGGGAAACUCCCGGCGUGGGGAUGGAGCGCAUCCCGCCAGUACUCACAGUGAAGAGCUUACGAGCGAGUUUUGAGCAGCUUCAGACAAGCGGCCUGGAGCCCAUCUCUCAAAACCAACACAAUUGAAAAAGAAAAUAAAAA